ACAAGAGGGGGCAGCACUGCAGCGCCUAACGUCAAAAACACGACCACAGAAGUGGAGAAUAAUUGUGUGUUUUGGGACGGACGGGUCAAAACAUGACGUUAAAAUGUCCAGAUUACCGACCACUGCCCUGAACCUCAAACAGUUUUUACAGAGACAGAGAGUGUUAGGCCUGUACCGCAGUAUGCUGAGGACCAUCCGGCUGGUUCCAGAUGAAGCCGAUCGCAAAUACCUGAGGGACUGGGCGAGAGAGGAGUUCAAAAGGAACAAGGAGGCGACUAACCAGGAUGCUAUUCGCAUGAUGAUCACACAAGCCAGCAAUCAUCUAGAAGAGCUGAGGAGAUCGCUUGCUUUGGCUAGAAGUUAGCAGGUCACCUGCUGCUGACUCCGUAACAGCUGGACUAGUUUUGAUAACCUGGAGGUCGUGUGUUUUAGACCACCUUUCCUUGGAGCCCCAUUUGGUCUGAAGCUGUUUGAUUCUAUUCAUGUUCGCAGAACAGUUGCUGACAAGUUCAUCAUGUGUACAGUUUACCGGAGGCCCUUUAGGUGGAAAUGAUAAAUAUACAUUUCUCAUUUUAAUCAUAUUAAAUUAGCUUAAAGGGCAAUUCCACCAAUUUCCAAAAUUUCUGCACAAUUCAGAUGUUGAUAUGUAAAAGUCAUUGAGUGGUUAGAUGUGAAAGUGAGUCGUCAUUACAGUGGUGGUGAUGGGAACCAGAUGUCAUGAUGUCUAAAAUGCAAAUAUAGCAAUGAGUUACUAUCCCAAAUGACCAGUGAAUGUGUUUUGUAUGUCAUAUUGAUAAUGGUGAAAUGGUGGUAAAUCCAAAUUUAGACUCUGUUACUUUAAUUAAAUUUAAUUAUGCAUAAAUUAAAACGUAUUGGUGGAGUUCCUUGUUAAACUGAUUAAUUAUAUCUUGCCCUAAUGUAUACUGUCAGAACCUCUGAGUGCACUUUGAUAAAGGUUCAGAAAACACAAAAA